GAUGCGAUAAUAUUAAGGGUCUAAAAUUGUUGCAAGCUUAUAUGGUUUGAAAGCAACUACUUAAACAGCUGUGUACGAUGGAAAUACGAAAAAAGAUAGAAACAAUAUGGAUGUUAUUUUACUAAAUUCUAGAAGAAGAAGAAGAAUUGAAAACAUGAGCAGCGACAUCGUAAAUGUACCAAAACAUAAAAUUAUUUUAACUUUGUUGAAUGGCACGGGUUACAUAUUCGAAAUUAAAGUGUUUUUCGCAGACUACAUGUUUCUAAGAAAACAUCAUCACAUUCUAGGAGCUUUGGUUGGUUCUUGCAAUGCUCGAGGCUGCUCGCCGAAUGAACAAACAUUACCGAUAGCAUUGACAUCACUGGAAACACAAUUAUUAGUGGAGGAAGGUAUAGCUGUUAUUGUUUCAAAAGCAACAGCUUUGCUCAAAACACCCACUGAAUUGGAUUUGCGUCAGUAUAAAGACGGACUAAACGAUCGCUUAACCGAACAGGCCGAAACGUUGAAACAUCAAAAAUUAAAAGAUACAGAAAUUAAUUUAGAUAAAAUCAUGAAUGGUAAACGGAAAAAGCUUUUGCAAAAGGGUAUACCAGAAACAGAAGUCGACUUAAACCCCCAACAAGUUCUCAAAGAAAUCGCUGAUAAUAUAACAUUUGAUAGGAAGAAUGCUUUAUUGGAAAUUUGCUGCGCUCAUCCUGAUAAACACAUUGCAUCUAUUGUUCAAUUACCUCCGCUUGAGGAACAUUCCCUAAAAUAUUUAGUAUUUCGUGAUUUUUGGUUGCGGGGUAAAUUUGUUACCUCUGGUGAUACGUUUGGUGCUGAUUUUCUUAUAUAUCCCGGUGAUCCUUUACUUUAUCAUGCCUCGCAUAUUGUUGUAUUAUUGGAUCAUUGCAAGGUGGAACCUUUGGAGUUAAUAGCAAAAGUUCGGCUGUCAGUAAUUGUUAACAAACACUGCGUGUUUGCUUAUUUGAGUGAACAUAAUGCAGGGGAAAAAGAUUAUUCUAAAAUUUGUUAUCAAACUGUAUAUUGGGAAGGCAAUCAAGAGAGAGAGAGAUCAAAGCAAUAACCGUAUACUUAACCCUCCAAUAGUAAACAUAUGACAAGUGUAUAAUACUGCAUAUGCAACGGUAAAUUUAGAUCCAUUAAUUCCCUCUUAAAUAUGCGUAAUUUUGUUCGCUAUUGUUGGGAGAAAGGUAGCUUGUUGCUUAGAUAAGCGAAAGCGCUAGCUAUACUCAGUUUCCUAAUUUCCUGUUUUGAUCUAGAAAAUUUGUUAUCGGUUCCUGUACGACAUAUAUCUCAAGCACAAAUAUUGACUCAAAUAGUUUAAUUACCCUAAAUAGUUCUAGUUUAUAAUAUACAUACGAGCACUUUGAAAUCUGUGAAUUUAUUAUGUUUUUUGGAGUUAAAUUACAACUGAAUUUGACAGCAUUGGAAGUCGGGGUGCUGCCAAAUUUAAUUUGUUCAGCUGUACUAAGUGCUCAGUCAUUGACGGCGUAACACAUAUCGGUUGGGCCGACAUAACCCACUAGCCUGCGGGUAGCAUCUGCUUAUUCCUUUCACUUUCCUCUUUUUCUUUCUAAAUAUCUACUUAUGACAAAUAUUCCUAAAUGGUUAAAUGUAACAAAGAUAUAUGUGGACAAUGGAUGUCUAAAAUUAAACAGUUAACGGUUUUGAAUGCAAUUAGAACGACUGUACUUUCAAGUGAAAUCAAACGCCGCAAUCAUUGACCAAUGCAGCCAUACAAUCGGAUCCUCUUUCUUCUUCUUGAAAUCGCGUCUGAAAUCAAGCGACAUUACAAAUUUAAAUUUGGUUUAUGAUUAACUAAUCACUCCUACGACAAUAUUUUCUGAGCAUUUUAAGGCCUGUGGACUUGUAAUCUCUACCAUUUCCCUUUUUUCGAGGACUUCAAUUUAAUUCUUCUAAAUAUUUCCAAAUUUUUUCAACAACUGCAAAAGUUUAACUGCUUUCUUGAAAAGGUUUAUUCAAAAGUUAUUUGACGACUUUAUUUUACUGAAGAAACAGUUUUCGUUCCCCUUCCCUUUUCGUAACGGAGAACCCAAUUUAUUUGUUCGCAGAUGACAAUACUCUGUGUCGUUCGUGUUCUUUAGUACGAGACCAUGCAGCAACGAAUUACAGAACAAAUGCUGUAUGAUGAAUGACACGUAUAAACAGGGAGCUCUGGGAGUCGUGUAAAUACGGUAAGCUUUAAUGACACAAACUUCCAAAGCUAUCUCUUAACUCACAGGGACAAUGAUGACCAAGCCUUCUCUUUCGGCAAUUAUUGACGUUCUGAUCAUGAGAAUGAAGGCCAGAGAAAUGAUGUUCGUUGAAUAGAAUAUGUGCUCGAAGUGUCGAAAGACGCAGCCAAGCACUUAAGUAAUUUAAAACGAUGCAAAAAAAAACCUCACUACAGCCGAUAGCUUUACCAUUUACACCGUCUAUAUCCGGCCAAAAUCAAAAUACAAUUCCGGCUCAGGUGCUCAUGGACAACGAAAGUGUGCUCUUCGAAUGUAGGUAUUUUCACCACAUAAAUUUUUCAACAGUACUGCAUGUACUUCUCAGCGUUCCCACCCACUCGCCCUUAAGUCAACUGUAUGCCACACAACACACUGCCGCGACUUGUCAUUUUUAACCCGUGCUGCCCAACUUCGGAACAAUCUACCAGCAGUGUUCUUCCCUGCCACAACUGUCGUCUCCAUUUUCAAGUUGAACGUUCACAAAUAGUAUUUCCUCUCUUCUUUCCACUCUUCCUAUAACCAUUCCUGAUCACCAUCGUGCCUGCACGUGUAAGGGACCUGCUCUGAGUGGCUGGUCAAAAAAAAAAAAAUGAAUAAAUUGUGAUACAUCGCUUAAUUACGCGUACAUUACCUUCUAACUCCCUCAGUGCAUUUGUACUCUUUUCGCAAUCAGCUUUUUUUUGGCUAACGUGAUUACUUUUAAAUUUAAUCGAUAUGGAAAAGCGGUUUACGACGUCAAUAGUUUCCCUAAGAUCUGCUCAAUUAAAAUUAAAACAAACCGUCCAACUAAGCUUCCAUCUUGGAAAGCAAAUGCUGGAAACUAUCCCUUCCUCCAUCAGCAUCGCAGAAAUUACAGGUCCGUUGUUAAACCAUUUACGAACUUUCAUGCACCAUCUCGUAGUGUUAAUUUAACAUGCAGUGCAGUGUGGCUUAUGGAACGCAUAUAAAAUCUCACAUUGGGGAUCGUGUUUUCUGAGCUACUAAUUUUGAAUCCAUGGUAAGGUAAUAAUGUGGUUUUGCCGGUUUCACUUUAUCAGCAUUAAGCGUUAUUGUUCCUUAUGCGCCACUAUUGAUAGGUUUGAUUUUUUCUUCUUCUUGAAACUUUCAUUAAUGUUUUGAUUUCAAUAAAUUUCUUAAUAACUUUAGCCUUCUUAAGCUUUUUAAACUAUCACGUGUGCUCUAUAUUUUUUUCUACAUACUCGAAGAGCUUUUUUUCCAUUUAAAUGCAGUUUC